AUGGAUUUAAAGAAUGCGGCAUCAAUGCCAGUAAUAGGAAGUCUUGUAUUAUUUGGAUUAUACGUUAUCAUUAAAUUCAUUUCUGCGGACUAUUUACAAUAUUUGUUAACACUUUAUUUUAUGUUUAUUGGGGCAGUUGGAAUAAGUGAAUUGUUUUCAUUUAUAUUUGAGAAAUAUGCAUCUCCAGAGAAGUUAGUUAUCAGUAUCCCAUACAUUAAUUAUAAAAUUGAAACAUCUAAAUCAGAAAUUCUUGGGACAGGAGUUGGAUUUAUAUUUUCAUUAAUAUGGGCUAUUACUCACCAUUGGAUCUUUAAUAACUUCCUUGCAUUUUGUUUAACAAUUGUUGCUAUUGGAGAACUUACAGCACCAUCAUUUAAAAUUGCGGCAAUUAUGUUAAUUGCACUUUUCUGCUAUGAUAUCUUUUGGGUAUUUGGAAGUGAAGUUAUGAUGACAGUAGCAACUCAUGUUGAUGGACCAAUCAAAUUUAUCUUCCCUAAGGAUGGACGAUUCAUCUUCACAGAGCAAGUUUCAAUUCUUGGACUUGGUGAUAUUGCUAUCCCAGGUAUUUUUAUUGCAUUAAUGAAAAGAAUAGAUACUUCUUUCAAUAACAAGAGUCAAUAUUUCAUGGUCUCUAUGGUUUCAUAUUUCAUUGGAUUAUUAAUUACAUUUGUCAUUAUGCACACAUUUGCACAUGGACAACCAGCAUUAUUAUAUCUUGUACCAGCAUUAUUAAUUGGAACUAUUUUCUAUGCAAUAUCUAGAAAAGAAUUAAAACAAGUAUAUGAUUAUCAUGAUCCUACUGAUGAGAAAGAAGAAAGUUCUGAAGAAGAAAAUGAAGAAAGUUCUGAAGAAGAAAAUGAAGAAAAAGAAGAAGAAAAAGAAGAAAAUAAAGAAGAUUAA